CCGCGAUACUCGAAAGUAGACUGUCUAAGCCGAAAUGAGCCUAUGUCUUAUCACUGUUUACUACAUAGUAUACAUACAUGUAUGAGUAGAUGGAUGAACUACCUGCUAUUCAGUUAUCCGAUCUAAAUGAAUUUAUAACAUGUAAAUUAUGUAAAGGUUAUUUAAUUGAUGCUGUUUCGAUAACUGAAUGUCUUCACCCAUUCUGUAAAUCUUGUAUAGUUAAGUAUUCAGAAGAAAAACGCGAAUGUCCUGUUUGCGGGAUUCUCAUCCAUCAAAGUCACCCAUUAAAUUAUAUGAGUUUUGAUCGUACUCUUCAAGAUAUUGUUUAUAAAAUUGUACCAGAUUUAAAACAAAAAGAGAGACAACGUCGUGAGGUCUUCUAUAGGUCUCUUGGAAAAACUCCACCUCCCUCAGAAGACUUAGGCAAAGAAACUCAUGUAUUAGUCAGUAAAGAGAAUAUCACAGGUGCAGUCCCAUCUGAUUCUGACGGAUUAACUUCCAAUUUUGAUUCGGAUUAUCAUCGUAAAGAUGAACAAGUCAAUAUACAACUUGAACCGGGAUCUGAUAAUCUGGAACCAUUAACUGAGAAAUAUUUACGACUUUCAUCGAGGGCUACAGUGACACACUUACGAAAAUAUGUUGCCCAACAAGUUCUUCAUGAUAUAUCUAAGUUUCAUGAAGUAGGUCAAGUGAUUUUUUUCUCCCUCAUUAAAAUUUUGAUGUUUCAAUAUUUGAAUUGAACAUUCUAACGAAGACGUAUUCUUUUAGUUAUUAGGCUGUAUUUUUUCAUUUAUUUGCAUUUCAUUGUACACAAUCUGAAAAAAUGAUUAGUUUUUAUUCUAUUGAAGAAAUUUCAAAUUCGAUAAAUAGAUGUAUCAGUCAGUUAGAGGUAUGUGAUGGGUUGUCGAUUCCGGGUUUCUCAUGUCUUCGAAGAAUAUUUUUUUGAGGUUCAUGAAAAGGAAACUGGGUUAUGAGUGAUCUUGAGGUCCUGGUAGUAUGAUUGCACUGCCCAAGAGACAAUUAUUUGUGGCCGGUUACAAGGCCUUUGUGUAGGGAGUUGUAGAUUAGUUAGUUUUGUCCUUUUGAGGCCUAACUGCCGUCGACGGAAAUCCUUGGGGGUAAGGUGAAGUGUGCUUUUUUAUGGCCAACUUUUAUAUUCCUCCUUACAUUGUGAGACAGGAUCGCUUGAGAUGGUGUUUGAGGAAAACAACUUACUGCCACCAUACUCCAGUAGUGUCAGCAGCACAACCUCGCCCUUCAACCUUAAGUUGCUUCUCUCCAACUGGCAUUCCUGCCAUGUUAAUAUUUGAAGAAACAAGUGUUAGCCAAUAAGUCUCAGUUGAGUCGUCGUGAUAAAGAAGCCCGACCAUCACAUCAAGAUUAUACCUACGUUCGGGAUCAAUGUGCAAUUUUUAAAAAACGGCGGUUCAUAGUGAUGAGCUGUGUCAUGAUAGCUUAAUAUCAACGCAGUUCGAAAUAGUGUUUUAUUUCGUGAAUACCUACAUACGAAAAACUAAUAAAAUCAAAACUUUAUCUAGACUAUUGUUCCAUACAAUGUCGAUUUCGGAAGCUAAGCUUAAAUGGAUUUUUUAUUUCUUGGCAAAUACGUUAUCAUCAGUAUAGGGUUAUGGAGAUUGCUGAGUUAUCUAGGGAUUAGGCGUUCGCGUGCGAGACCGAAGGUCCUAGGUUGGAUUCCCACGUUUGGGAUCGUGGAUGCGCACGUCUGAGGAGUCCCAUACUAGGACAAGGCGGCCGUCCAGCGCUUCUAGGUUUUCAAUUGUGGUCUAACAUUAAUUGGUCCAUGAUCUCAAUUAAGAAUAUUCUUGUUGGGUCAUUUGGUAGGAUAUAAGUGAUUGUUAUUGUAUCAGCUUUGGUUGAGAUCAUGAAUAGAUCAAUGUUAGACCACCAUUAGAAACCUGAAAGCACUGGAUUGCCGUUUCGUUAUAGUAUGGGUCUCCUCAGCAGUGCGCAUCUACGAUCCCGCACGUUGGAUUCAUACCUAGGACCUCCGGUCUGGCGCACGAACUCUUAACCCCUAGAUUACUGAGUCGGCAUCCAACGGUGUUAAUGUCUAACUUCAACCAAUCCACGAUAUUGUGUGACUGUGUUUCAUUGUCUUCAGUGAUUAACUUCCUUCUGAACAGACAGUGGAAUUCAAGUUGUCACGACUUUUCAAUAGAACUUCAGGAAAUCCAUCUUGACGCUAGUCACUAGUGAGCACAUGAUAAUUAUGGGUAUAGGGUUGUGGAGAUUGUUGAGUUUUGAUUGAGAUCCUGAAUGGAUCAAUGUUGGAUCACCAUUGAAAACCUGGAAGCACUGGGUGUUUCGUCAGAUUUGUGAUGCAAACUGUUGGUGUAGUAGUCUAGGUAAAAACAACUACUCUUUAAGGGGAUUUAUUGUUAAAUAUAUGAAAAUAUUCAAUAUAGUCAUGAUGUUUAAUAGAACAAACCUGGAAAAUCAAAAUCACUCAAACGAUUUAAUUGCGAAGCUGUCUUCGUUCAACUCAGAGAGUACAACAACAACAAAACCAUCCAUUUGAGCUUCAAAUCUCCAUAAUUUCUGAGCAUACAUGUUUUCUUGAUAAGCUAAACUGACCUACUACGCAGUGAAUUUUAAUAAAUUGUGAUAACCAAAUGAAAAGUUUUACAGUACACUUUGAAGAGGUGUGUGCUUAAAAACAGUCAAAAAGAAGGUCCCGGAAUUGAAAUAGGAGUUCGUACAGAAAUUGUUGUUAAUAUAAAAUAGUAAUUACCCAGGAACUAUGCAACAACAAAAUGAUGGUUCACGGACAAUACGUAAAAAUACCUUAAGUCAAAUUGACAGAAAUAAAAUGUAGAUAGUGUUUAAAUGGAUAAUUUAUGGAAACCAAGAAACGAACACAAUACAUGAAUGCAAUCUCGGUUGGUCAUAAUUAGUUUGAGGAUAAAAUGGCAAUUGUCUCUUCAAUUUAUAUUUCUCUAUCAUUGAGAAACACUGUCAUGAUUCCAUGUAGUGCUACAUAAAAACCUAAAGAGUUUUGGUUUCAUCUCAUUGCUUUUUGUCAAAUGUGUUCGUCUACUGAAAUUCCAUGCUAUAAUCUGCAAUACAAAUUGUUAAAGGAUUAAUCAUAGUAUUUCUAGUGUCCAAACAUUAGAUGUUUAAACUAUAAGGGAGCAUUCCACCGGUUUGCACUAAUUCAUUAGUACCGUUAUUAUUUUUUUUAAAGGUCACAGUUAAUUGGUAGACAGUAUAAUAAGCAUAUAACCUAAACAUUCCACGUAUCGUAAUAUGCAUUAUUUGUGCAUUAUUUGCUGACUCUGGGACUGGUUGGAGAAAGCGGAGAGGUGGUCAGUGCAUUACAUGGUGUCGUGGUAUGAAAGAAAGCUGCAAAGGGCUGGCUUGUAUCGGUCCUUCACGACUCCCUGGUUGGGGUCCGAGAGAUGGUACAACACAGUGGCUAGAUACGUUAUCAGAUAUGGCUCAGAAUAGAAGCCAGUGGCGAUCCUGCUGUAACCCUCUUUUACUUUCUUCAUAAGCAGUGGUUGUAUCUUCCUUAACUGAAAGAUUUCUUCUGAUUGUACCCUUCUGUUCCCCUACUAUUACUGUUAUUAUUACACUACCUUACACCAAUCUCUUCGUUAUUGUUUUUUUAAUGUUUUUUUUACGUUCCCCACUUUUUUCUUUUUCUUCUUAAAUUCUUAUUGUUUUGUGUGGCGCAUAUAUAUUUGGCGCACUCCUGUACCAAUAUAUAUGUGUUCAAAUAAAUAAAAUCGUAAUAUGGUCUUUCCCAUUCUCGGUAUACACUAAAUUUAAUCAUUUUAUUCGCAUGUUUAUUCCUCUAGUUUAACAUUGUUUUUGUUACAGUCUUCACUGUUUCUUUCUUUCCUUGUUCUAUUUUUAUUAAAUAUAUAUAGAUUGAUAUUUUUAUACAAAAUAAUGAAGAUGGUACUUUUCUUGGUCGCGAUCAUGUAUUGAAAUUUGUUCGUGUUGUUUAUUGGAAUGAUGUAAGUGUUAAUGUUCAUUAAAGCUAUCUUAAUAAUUGCACCAAACCAUUAAUUAAAGUUAAAACUUUUUAUCAUUGAAUCUCGUGCAUGUUCCAAAACUUAAAGUUCCUAGUUUUGGUUGUAUGUGUGUUUACGAAGGAUGAGAUAAAAGGGGAGUUCCGGAUGCUCACUGCUAAGAAGUCCCUUGCUAGGACGAAAUGGCUAUUUCAAUGCUCCCUAGUUUUCAAUGAUACUCCAACUGAGGUCGAUUUCUGACGAACACAGCCUAUAGAAUUCUCAUAAUUCUUGUAAUCCAUCUUUAUUGUUUCAUAUGGUUAUUUUUCUCUUAAUACAUCUUUUGCUUUUUUCAUUUAUAGGUCGAACCGAUGCCACUGCAAUAUCGUUACAGCAGAAUGAUUUACUAAAAUGAAUUAAGUUACCUUUAUUUCUAUCUUUCAAAAAAAAAAUUAUUUUCCCUUUUUGUUUUUUUUUCUUUUCUUUUUUAAAUUCAUAUUUACCACUGUGUUGAUUUUAUUUCCAUGUCCUUCAUCGAUAGAUAACACUAUGAUAUAUGUACAACAACCACAGUACUACAGUAGAUUAUGUGGAAAAAACACCACCAUCGUAUAAUUGAUUUUUUAUUUGUUUGUUUUACUCUUUAUUGUUUCCAUCUGUACGUAAAACAAAAAAAAAGAAGUCAGCAAAUCUAUUGCAGUUAGUUGUAAAUUAUAGGUUUAAUAAUAAGUAAUUUUGUCAUCUUUAUUGUAUAUGUAUAUAUUAUACGUAACAUGACGUAUUCUUUUUUUUACACUGUGAAUAAUAAUUUUUACAAUUUGUAAUUUAUGAUAAAUGCCUUUUAUUAUACGCGCUGUUAAUGAAGAAGAAACUAAAAAAACUAUUUCAACAUAUAUUUGUUACUUUUUACUAUUUCUGUUUGACUGAAUGUUGUAUGUUUCUUAAUGUUAUGUAAUGUUACUAUUGGUUGGGGUUAUUUAUCACUUUUUUUUAAAAGAAAUGACUUACAGCAUGAUUUAAAAAAAAAUCAUUGCGAUAAUUAACCAAACAAUGGAAUUUGUUAGAUUGUAUCAUCCAUUUAUCAAUUUAGCUUUAUCAUUCGGAGUGAUGAGCCAAUAAGCGAUGAAAAAAGUAAUGAGUUAAUUAUUUAAUGAGGUGGAUAUGUUCAGACCUGUUGGAACUGUCUUAAUAAUAAUAAUAAUAAUAAUAAUAAUAAUAAUAAUAAUAAUAAUAAUAAGCUUACGAUUUAUUAUGCUACCUCUUCGACCUUUUUAAUCCGACCCACUCUAUUUACUACAUAAUGCGUUGAUUGUAACAGUGUGUAUGUUGGUAAUAACACUGUUUUGUAUCAAAAUAUAGUGCUCAUUAGUUGUUUUUGCUUGUUAGUCUGAACCUAUGUUCUAAAUAGUGUCAUAUACAAAGUUGGAGUCAUUGAUGGCAUGUUAAUGAGAAUUAUUAGUUUUUAAAACUUGUCAAGUCUACUAUUCUUCUCAAACUUCUGAAACUUGUGUCAUGACUUCUGUCUUUUUCAAUUAUAUGCUUCGGUUUUUCUUAUUUAUUUUGUUACUCCACUUGUUUCAAUGCAGUACUACUUACCACCGUUCUGUGUUGUUUUAGUCAGUUAGCCAAAUUUGAUAAACUGAUUAUAUUUUUUGAAUACAUGUUAAGAAAUAUUAAGUCCUAUGGUUUGUUUACUUGAGAACUUGAUGCCAAAAUUGCGCUAGCAAGCGAUUGUUUUUAACUCAUUUACCAGGUAUAGAUAAGUGUACUUGGCUUCGAGUCACACUUUAAGUAUGAGGGCUAGGGAUAAUACCUGGUCGCCGAAACUAAAUUAGGUGGAGAGGCGUUCGGACUUGCGAAUUAGUGACUAAAAUUCAGACACUAUGACCACUAAGCCGCCGCCAUACUAUCACUUAGCAAUAUGAAAUGCUUACAUAAAUCUCUAGUGGAAAACUUUUAAAAGGAAAGUACUUCACAUUACUCAUUAGGGUUGGAAAUGUUUAAUAACUGAUGUAUUUCAUGCCUUUUGUCACCCAUAUAUAGGUUCCACUUUUAUUUAUCGUUUGUGUUGCCAUAGACAUAGAGUUUAUCGUUUGUGUCCGUAGGUAUGGUAUGUGCUUUGCACCUUCGAAGUGCAAAGUACUUCUACAAGACUGGCAGGAUUCUAAUCCUGUACUCACCCUGGAUGGUGAGCAGAUAGACGUAGUCGAGAAGUUCGUGUAUCUGGGUAGCUGCAUAAGUGCUGGUGGGGGUGUGAAUGAUGAGAUCAACGCACGUAUAGUGAAAGCCAGAGCGGCUUAUGCCAAUCUGGGCCACCUUUGGCGCCUUCGUGAUGUUAGUCUGGCUGUAAAAGGUCGGAUCUACAACGCGUCGGUGAGAGCAGUUCUGCUCUAUGCUUGUGAAACCUGGCCUCUCCGAGUUGAGGACGUUAGACG